ACAAAAGCUUGCACGUGUAUCUUUUUCCAAUGUGUAACCCCUUCUCAAUCCAAAAGGCUACUGGCCGUUGUCCUUCUGAAGCGAUGUCUGAGGAAGAAACAAGCUUUGCUCCUGUCAAAGAUGGCCACCAAGUUUGAUUUUCACUUUUCAAUUUACCGUCUUCUAAUCAACUGAUGUCACAGCUUAUUGAGCGCACAGUGGACCACUACGAUCGCCAAGCGGGGGCAAUCUCUCGCGGGCUGUACACAAGGAGUGAAGUCAGUCGGCAACGUCUCUCUGUUGAAGCAAGUACAAAGGCUGUUAUGGGAGAAGCAAGAGCUCAGGCAAGUAUUUUCGAGGCUGGUGCUUACGGACCAAACGUAGGCGCACACGCUCGAGCCGGUGUGGGCGGGGUCGGCGGCUUUCUAACUGCAGAGCUUGGGCGAGUUGAAGUCAAGACUGGUGUUGUUAACGUUGGGAUGUGCCUCAACAUCAACUCUGGAAUACACGUUGGCGUGGACAACUUCAAGGUUAAGAUCUUGGGGGUGACGGUCUAUCGGUGAUGACCCCUUUGGGGUUUGUUGGACUUGGCGCUGGUGACGACUGAUAUCUAUUGGUGAUCAUCAAAACCUACAAAUUUUAAACACAUUCCCAGCUUACGAACGAAGCCCUACGAUGCAAAAAUCCAUAUCUUUCUUCGUCUUUUUUAGUUUUCAUUACACCCAACCAAUGCUCUCUAUAUACUCCGAUUCAUUAACACG